AUGAAAAUGCAUCUCACUGGUACAGUUAAUUCAAAUCGUCAAGGUAAUCCCAGUAAUGUAAAUAAGAAAAGGCUAAAGGGUCUUUUGAAGAAACAUGAGACAGCAGCCUACCGUCACAAAGACAAUGUCUUGGUGUUGGUGUGGCGGGACCAAAGACACGUAAUUAUGAUGAGUUCGUAUCAUAACUCGGAUAUGCAAUUAGUAAAAAGAAGAGAGAAGGGAAGAAAAGAAGAUGAAAUUGUGUCCAAACCAGUUGUUGUAUGCGAUUACAACGAGAGAAUGGGAGGAGUCGACACUGCCGACCAUUACAUUUCGUCCUACAUGUUUGUUCGGAAAUCUAAAGUGUGGUGGAGAAAACUGUGGUUCUGGCUUAUGGAAGUAUGUGUCGUCAACAGCCUCCUGCUAUACAACAUGGACUUACAGAAUAAGGGGAAAACUCCCAUUGAUUCGAAGAGAUUUAGGGAAAUGCUGAUUACUGAACUUGUUUCUGGUGUACGUAACAAAUCUUAUUCACAGCGAGGUCGUCCUUCUUCAGCUGACCAAGAAGAUAGGCUAGAUAAAAAACCUCAUUUUAUUUAUGCCAAUGAAAAAAGCAACAGCAAGGACUGUGCUGUUUGCAGCAACAGGAAAGCUGGACAGAGAAGAGAAACCGUGUAUUUCUGUGCUACAUGUGCAAGAAAACCAGGCCUUCACCCAGGGCAGUGCUUUGAACGCUACCAUACCCUGAAAAACUAUAAGAUGUAA